CGCGGAAUACGGGGGACUUGUCUGGAGAAACUCUGAAGCACCGAGUCUUCGAUACAUAAAGUGGUGCUGAUGACCGGUACCGUUCACGAGAGGUCUGCACGAACUAGAACUCGAUACCAUCAUGGCUGGCCAACUUCAUUUUCUUCUCGUCGUUGCUUUUCUAUCUACUCAAUGUACCGCGGCGCCGGCGUCGACACCCGUGGCAGGACCUGGAUAUGUCACAGGCUCUGUUCAACAUUUCAUUGGCAGAUCGGGGUCCGCUCUUAUUCCCACCAUGCAACUGGGUUUUGGAAACCCACCUCAGAAGGUCACAGUCUUACUCGAUACCGGAAGUAGCGAUCUCGUGGUUCCUCAGACAGGUAGUGCUAUCUGCAACGAUCCACAACAGCAGUGCACUGCCAACCGCGAUGCGAUUGUCACAGGCUCAUUCAAUGUAAAUAAUUCAACUGGAGUAACAAAACUUAGAACUACGGUCAAUGCAACAUUUGUCAACGGCGUUGCUUUGCAGGGAAAUCUUAUCAAGACUGCCUUGACAGUGCAGAACCAGACGGUAAACCAGCUGCAAAUGGCUCUUGUGACCCAAGGUCAACUGCCUCCAGAUGAGCCGCUGUUUCCAAUAUUUGGUGUCGGCCCAAUACAGGGAGAGGCAGCGCAAGAUCUUUACCAGAAUAUACCCGCGGGAAUGAAGGAUGCUGGAGCCACCAAUUCAAAUGCUUUUGGUCUUUACCUAAACGAUUUCCGAGGCCCAGAUGGCUCCAUUGCAUUCGGCGGUGUAGAUACAGCAAAGUUCCAAGGCGACCUCAAAGCCGCGCCGCUUGUGCGCGACAACGACGGUCUUCUCCCAUCGUUUGUCGUGGAUUUCAGCUCAAUGAUGUUGCUCUCUGGUAACAGCACAGCGCAGAAACUACAACAACGUCAAACACAAGAUAGUUCUGUCGAUUUGGCCCCAAGAGACGGCCUUGGCGUCGCACUGAUUGAUUCCGGCGCCCCAAGUCUCGCCAUUCCGGCCUCGUCGAUGAGGGCUCUUGCCAGAGCCCUCGGUACCGCUUUCAAUGAAGACGAUGGCUCCCUAGGAAAUUUACCGUGUGGCCUGGCCCAGCAGGAUAUGAGCCUUGGCUUUGGCUUCAAUAACGACAACGCACAGAUCCAAGUCCCCCUUGAGCUCAUGUUGCUCCCGAAUCAGACUACCGUGGUCGGAGAAGCAAGAAGCGGCGCCGAUUGCAUGCUUCCUAUCUUCGCGACAGACGAUCUUAACACAUUGGGCGCGCCCUUCGUGCAGGCGGCGUACGUUGUGUUUGAUAUGGAUGCACAGCAGCUUUUGAUGGCCCAGGCAGUGAUCAACGCAACGGAGUCUAAUGUGCAGGAGUACACGGCCUAUAUGUCACGUUCGAUUAAGUAA